AUGGAGCCUUUCCCCCCAGAUUUCAUCCUGCUGCUCUGCGUGUUCCGUUUCAACGGGAACGUGUACCGGGCGGUGCCCUACGUCGCCCUAUUUGUGACGUCCUGGUUCCUCCUCACCCUGCAGAAGUGGAUCAUAGACCUGGCCAUGAAUUUAUGUACUUUCAUCAGCGCAGCCAGUAAGUUUGCGCAGCUGCAGUGCCUGUGGAAGACGCAGGACUCGGGGGCGGUGAGCGCGCUGACCUGGGGCCUGGCUUCCUACACCAGCGCCACAAGAAUAAUAACCACCUUAAUGACCACCAAUGACCUCACAAUCCUUAUACGUUUUGUGGUCACGCUGGCUUUAAACCUGUGGGUGACAGCGACAGUCCUCCGCUACCGGAAGACGGGUGUAAAGGCUGAAUGAUGGAUGGGUAAUUCUGACACACAAAGUGGAUUUGGAGUAACUGAACCAAAGGAAAGAAGAGCUCAUUGCUACAUCGAGGUCUUUUAUAAAUUAGUCAAUCAUUUCUGAAACUCUGGAGCCAAAGGUAUUUUAGACUUGAAAGAGCCAUUCAAACACGUGUUUAAAAAUGGCCCCACCCCCCACCCCCCACUUUACUAGGUCAAGUUGGGACACAGACAUCUGCAGUGUUGAGAAGGUUGGUGGUUAAUGGAAACCAUCCAACAACCAUUUUGAGAUUGCUUUGCCUCUUAAAAGUCAUGAUUAAGUUCUCUCCAAAGAGCUGACUACAUCUAUUUUUCAGCUUUCAGAAUAUUUUAAGAAAUAAGUCCUCUCCACAGAAAAAAUGAGCAUCAAGUGGGUUUUGCUCGGUCAGAAGAGUUGUAAUCAAUUACUAGGGGUUCACUUUCUGGGACUAGUGUCUAAUUGCAACAGAUAUGACAGGAUGGCUUUAUUGUAUCAUAAUACAGUAUAAUACCUGUUUACGUGUCACAAGUCUAUCAGGGCAAGCAAAAAGGUAACUGGCUUGAAUUCAUAUGCCAAAGCAGUCCUUUAACUUCAUACUGUGCCUUUAAGUAAUUCCUAACAAAAUGUACUAUUGGAUGCAAUCUCUGUGAUGAAGCAAUUCACGUUCUGAUCUAAGCACAAUGCUGCCUUUUUUUAAAACUGCUUUUAAUAUAUAUGUGUGUGUUGUGCGUGUGUGUAUUAGUACAUAU